AUGGAACACAGAGACGUGAAUGUGAACUUUGUCAAUAUUUCUAUUAACCAGGUUGGAGCUGCCAUCCAUGAACUCGGCCACACCGUCGGCUUCUUCCACGAGCAGAGCAGACCAGACCGCGACUCGUACGUCAAGGUCCUGUGGGAGAACGUCCGCAAGAACCAGAAACACAACUUUGAAAAGUACGACUGGGACCGAGUCAACGACUUCAACAUCCCGUACGACUACAUUUCCGUCAUGCACUACAGAUCGGACGAAUUCGCUACCCGCGUUGGCCGGAGAAAGCUGCGUACAGUGGUGACCACUGACCCCUUCUUCCAGGAUCUGAUUGGUCAGCGGAUUUCUCUCAGCUUCUUCGACAUCAAGCUCGCGAACGCCAUGUAUGGCUGCAGUGGUGAGAACACACUCCCAUCUAAACACUCACGUGACUUGUGACUUCAUGU